AUGGGGUAUCUCGACAGAAGCAAGCAACAAGCAAAGGGCAGCAGCAUCUGCUACCCCAAGGAGAAUGCUGCCUCCUAUCUCCGGUACCUGCUCAGCACCGUCGAGGUGGCCAGCAACGUAGCGGUCGUUCAGUCGUCCCAAAAGAACGACUUGCCACCCAUGUCCGGCCGAGCAACCUCCCGACCCUUCCCCUUGGCCCGGCCACCGGACUUUCCUCCUCCUCCUGCCCCCCUCGGGCCACUCCCCCCCACCCUCGCGUCCCUAGGCACACGAGCCACGCCGCCGGCGCCGCUCCGCUUAGAAGAACUCGGCAUCGCCGCCGGCGCCGGCCGCGGAAUACACCCGGGCCACGACUCGGGCGGCGUGUUCUGCACGACCCACCGCGCGUGCUCGGGGUCGAUGUACGAGUCCUCCCUCCGCACCCCUUUCCCUCCUCCUCCUCCUCUCCCCGCCCUCGACGACGACGACGACGACGAGGGCGGGUUCGGGUUCGGCGGCAGCGGCCUCCUCCGCCGGUCGCAGUUGCGGCAGACCUGGCUGCCGCGGAAGAAGUUGCUCGCCUGCGGGCUCCGGCACGGCUCCGGCGGCGGCGGCCCGUCCUCGCCGGCGCCUCCGAGCCCGCAGCAGGACCACCCGGAGCCUCCCUUGUCCCUCUUCUUCGCCUGCUCCCUCGCCCACUUCUUCUGCCUCUCGUGGACCUUCUCGCAGACCUGGUGCUCCGUUAUGCUCGAACGGAACAUCUUCUUGUGGUUGGGAGAAAAGUUUCUUGUUGUCGAAUUGACUCGAGCUGCCGUGCAUGAACUCGAGAUCCUUGCCACGAUAUUGUGA